CCGUGCCGAUAGCUCCCCCCCCCAUCCCAAUUCAAGCACAUUCAUUUAUUGUCUUUCUUUACGGCCUUACUACCCCAUUUUCCCUACACGUUUUCUCCGAUCAAGGCCCUUGGAGAUCCCUCCCCCACCCCCUUCUGGGCUUCACCGUCUCGCUAGCCUGUCGUCGCGCACCUAGACAAUGAGGGCACCCUCACUGUUUGGGCCUGCGACGGCUGGCUUGUCAACCGUCCUCCGCCUUUGGCCUUUGCUCCAACUGACCCCCGCUUACGGAUUGACCUUUCAGUCGGUUACAGAGCCAGACUUGGACCUGUCGCCAUUGGGCCAGGUCGCCUUCGCGGGAGACUUCGAUGCGAUCGCGCUCUACCAGUACACCGAACAGGCGGACACAGCGACCGACAAUAACGAUGCGCAAUCCAUUCUCACCCCUCUCCCGAACGGCAUCCUCACGUCGCUCUCGACAUCCGAUGCGCAGAUCAAUGCCAUGUGCCCCUUCACGAAAAAGGACGGAACGUUCGAGGGAAUUUUCGUUGGGGGCAAUUUCACCAGCCUGGGUGGGGUCGAAACGGAAGGCGUUGCGUUGUAUAAUCCCGACUCCAACAAGGUGACGGCCUUGUCGGGUCUUUCGGGCUCGGUUUCGGCCUUGCUGUGCGACCAAGAUACCAACAGCGUAUAUGUUGGGGGAAACUUCACAUAUUACAACAUCUCGAACGCCGUCGCUUGGGUCGGAAGUGAGGGCUGGUCGAACUUGACUUUUGGUGGCUUUAACGGACCCGUCAGUUCCAUCCUCAAGGAAAGCAAUGGCAAAAUUAUUUGGGGUGGAUCGUUCGACGGUAUUGGCAACUCGACCUCGUCUGAAAAAGGCCAGCAGAUCAUCAACCUCCAAAAUGCUACGAUCACCUCGGACGCAAAUUCAUCAACCAGUGGCUAUAUCAGUCCCAGCAACAUUGUCUGCCAGACAAGCGGCGACGAUGGCGAAGGAAAGACAUGGCUGCUAGCGAACAACUCCCCGGGCUACUGGCGUGCAGAGAUGGAAUUCGAGUACUACCCCAGCAUGUUCAAGCUGUGGAACACCCAUUACGAGGGAAGAGGAACGAAAACAUUCCUGUUCAGGAGACUACCGGACAAUGGAAUCAUGAACUUGACUUACACCGAUCCCGACACUGGCAGCCAUGCUUACUGCGACCAAUCCUGUCCGCUUUCCAACAGCACCACCGAAGAGUAUCGCGAGUUCAAAUUUGUCAACAGCGUUGGCAUGAGUGGAUUCCAAAUCGAGGUCUUGAGCUGGUACGGUGAUGGUGGCGGUCUGAACGGGAUUGAAGUCUUCGAGAACAAUAUCUAUGCCUAUGCCAUCAAUGCCUUCAACGAGCCAACAUGUGGAAACAUAAGUUAUCCAUCCACUGCGACACACACAGGAUCAUGGGCUGUGGCACCGUCGGGCCAAAGCUCCUCCCAAUACUUGACGACGCAGGUUACCGACUCCAAUGCGACCAGCGCCUCGGUCAUCUUCGAGCCCGAUAUCAAGCUGUCAGGGAACUACUCCAUCAAACUUUACACCCCCGGAUGCGAACAGGAUGACACCUGUGACUCACGCGGUAUCGUCAAUGUUACUGUCACUCCUACAAGCGAUACUGCCGAACCUGCUCAGACGACUCUCUAUCAGACCAACUUGUAUGAGAAAUACGACACGAUUUACACAGGCCAUGUGGAUGUCAGCGAUGGUUCGUUUCGCCCUCGUGUGGAGCUGAAGCCGAUAACCAACCAAGGGAACAAUAUCACUGUGGUGGCCUCCUACGUCCAGUUUGUGGCGAACUCGGUGUCAGGAAACUCCAGUGAUGACUUGAAUGGUUUAUACGAGUUCAACCCAUCAGGCGCGAGCCCAAAUGUUACCAGUUCUGGUGUCGACGAAGCCGGACUGGCCCUUGACGAGGAUGCUAAUAUCAUGAGCUUGGCCACUUAUGAGAAUGUCAUAUACGUCGGCGGAAAUUUCUCGGGCUCCGACAUCGAAAACAUCAUGUACUUUGAAAAGGACAGCAACGCGACAGCAAUGCCCAAAGGCGGCCUGAACUCCGAAGUGACAAGCAUGGCGGUGCUGGACGACUACCUUUAUGUAGGUGGAAAUUUCACGGAUACCUCUGACGGUGGCAACGACGGUCUCAGCUAUAUCGCGGCGUAUUCCUUUGAUUCGAAGACCUGGUCGGCACUUGGAGCAGGUGUCAACGGCCCUGUCAACAGUGUCCUUGCUCUUUCGCUUAAUGUUUCCAUGGAACUUAACGAGACCAUUAUCGGUAUAAGCGGUGAUUUCGAUCACUUGCUCCCCUUUGACGAAAGUCCGUCAACAAAUGUCUCCGGGUUUGCUAUCUGGGUACCCUCGCGCAACAACUGGCUGCAGAAUCUCAACAUCAGCCAGCUGGAGUUCGCCGGGCAACUGUCAGCCUAUGCAGUGGGAAACAACACCACUAUCCUUGCUGGUAGUCUUUCGACAGGCGGAAUUGCUGCCGCUGGCGCUGUUGCUCUUCUGUAUGACGAUGAUCUGGGUCUGGAGCCCCUGUUAACCGACUUCAAUACAAGCGGUCAAACCUACACAGGUCUUUACGACACAAGCUCUGGCAGCAAUCUUACGAUUCUUGGAGGCCACUUCACUACCAAUGCGAGUAACGGGUCUGUGAUAGAGAACCUUGCUAUCAUUGACGGCAACGCCGGUACCGUCAGCGGUCUUGGAGCAGGAGUGGACAGUAACUCUACGUUUUUGACCCUGUCAAUUGCGGACAAGGUGCUCUACGCAGGUGGAAUGGUCUCUGGAACCGUAAGUGGCGCGACUUUGAAUGGACUUGUAGCGUUCAGCAUGGAAAACGAAACAUUCGUCCCAUAUCAGCCGCCCCAUUUCUUCGGCGACAACGUGACGGUCAACGCUAUUGCUGCUCGCCCCAACAAGAACGAAAUCUACGUCGGAGGACGGUUCCAGACGGCUGGUGCUCUUCCGUGUCCAGGCGUCUGUUUCUGGGACACGUCGGAGCAGCAAUGGAAUAGACCAGGCGCAAAUCUGAACGGCACAGUGAUGGCGCUCAAGUGGAUGAGCAGUAAUGAAUUGCUCGCUGUGGGCGAUUUUACUAUCGAUGGAAACAAUUCAGUGGUUGCUACCUAUGUCAGCAAAAAGCAGAGUUGGCAGACUUUUGAGGGUGCAUCCUCGUCCGACAUUCCUGGAACCAUCACAGCCUUUACCCCCGCUAACACCGCCGUGACUAAGUUCUGGCUUGCGGGAGUCUACACCAACGGCUCCAGCUUCCUUGCCGCCUAUGACGGUUCCAGCUUCACGUUUCUCCGGAACGUUUUCGACGAGGGAACCGAUAUCCGUGGCCUCGAGGUGCUUCCUAUCUCCCGGAACCACGAUGAUGUUAGCGUUCUCAACGACGACCAAAUGCUUUUGGUCACCGGCCAGCUUCUGAUCCCUGAUUUUGGAAACGCUUCUGCAGCCCUGUACAACGGGACGGCGAUGGUGCCUUUCAUUCUCUCCUCGACAUCCGAUGGUCAGCCGGGCAGCAUAUCCCACAUGUUUUUCCAGAACCAGAACCCCUAUACCAGCGGAGGCAAACACCUCUCCAACGGUAUCGUCGUGUUGAUCUCUUUCUGUUGCGCGCUCGGCUGCGUCUUCCUGAUCGUUAUUGCCGGCAUCAUCUUUAACAAGAUCCAGCGCCGUCGGCAGGGUUACAUGCGGGCCCCGCAGGGAGUGGGAACCGACCGACCCUCCAACAUGCGAAGACUUCCCCCGGAGUACCUAUUCAACUCGAUCAAGCAACCCAACCCCGGCGCGCCCGCCAUAUGAGUAGAAAGGGGGUUCCGCAUACCCCGCUGAAUGACAUUUCACCGCACCAUCUAAGGAGCAAAAACGACAUCUAAACUGACAUCUCGUUGAUUCAAUCUCAUCUGAUACCUCAGAACGGCGUUCUUGGGCAACAAUCCAUCAUAUACCCGAUUCUUUAUUUUUAAUUAUUUGUUCUGAUCCUGUCCUCCUCGUUUCGGAAGGAGGCCCCCGUGCUUUCAUGCCUUCAAUUCUUGUGUAUUGGCCUUGUGCCUCUUGUUUGUGCUAUUUGGCCUGGGGCCCUCUCAGUGGAACCCCCCCCCAGCUCGAAGUCCAAUCGUUGUGAAUUUUGUGUGUUUGUCUUG